CCAGCAGACACGAGCGCCACAGACGCGGAUACCUCAGCCAAAUUCACAGAGUCCAGUCACACUGAGAGAACAGUUAAUUAGUCUUUUUAUUUGUUUUCGCUGUAUGUGUCUCCCCCUCAAUUAAGUUGAUGAUAGCUUAGUUUGAGAACAGCGGACACGUCUUCAAGAUAUAUCAAGCAUGACUUUGGAUAAUAACGGAUCUUGAAGUGUCAAACUGCGCCUCAGACUUCCAGAAAAUAACGACAGACACCAGCUCUCACAGGUCCACAGGAGCAGUAAUCUCCUCUCCAGUCAUGAAGACUGCUGGGGAACCAGACAAAAAGCGGCAGAGGAGCAGACAUCAGCGUCUCCACCAGGUCGGGAUGGGACGGUUCUCCGGUGUCUGGUGGUCUACCUUGAUGAUGCUCUUCUUCUCUCUGCCAAAGGUGGACUGCAUGAAGGAGAGUGUGCCAAGAGUUAAACUCGGCUACAAAGAGCUGAUCCAUUCUCAAAGUGUGGUGCCAUUUGUGGGUUCCAGCCAGGGACAGCAGUUUCAGACAGUACUUUUGGAUGAGGAGAAAAGCCGAUUACUGCUGGGAGCCAAAGACCACAUUUACCUACUGGACCCAGACAACAUCAAUAAACACCCCAAAAAGAUGAGCUGGCCAGCUCCAAGAGACAGGGUGGAUAUGUGUAUACUUGCUGGUAAAAACCCUCUUACCGAAUGUGCUAAUUUCAUACGAGUUUUGCACAGCUAUAACCGGACCCAUGUCUACGCCUGUGGCACUGGAGCCUUCCACCCCACCUGUGCUUUCUUAGAGGUCAAAGGUCACAAAGAGGACAGCUGGCUGCACCUCCACAGCAACACUGUGGAAUCUGGCCGAAUGAAAUGUCCUUUUGAUCCACACCAGCCUUUUGCUUCAGUACUCACAGAUCAGUAUCUCUAUGCUGGCACCGCGUCUGAUUUCCUGGGCAAGGACACCACGUUUAGCCGCUCUCUUGGCCCGCCCCCAGACCAGCAGUACAUUCGCACAGACAUCUCUGAGGACUACUGGAUCAACGAGGGCAAGUUUAUUUCUGCUCAUCCCAUCGCAGACACCUACAACCCUGAUGAUGACAAGAUUUACUUCUUUUUCCGUGAGGCAUCCCGUGAUGGGAGCACUGCAGACAAGAGCGUGCUGUCUCGUGUCGCCCGGAUCUGCCGGAAUGAUGUUGGCGGUUUGAGAAGUCUUACCAACAAAUGGACAACAUUCCUCAAAGCAAGACUUGUGUGCUCCAUUCCUGGGCCAGAUGGAGUGGACACACACUUUGAUGAGCUCCAGGACAUCUUUUUCCUCCCUAGCAGAGAUGAUAGAAAUCCAAUGGUGUAUGGAGUGUUCACCACCACCAGUUCUAUCUUUAAAGGAUCGGCGGUGUGUGUCUAUAACAUGCAAGACAUCCGUGCAGUGUUUAAUGGACCGUAUGCUCAUAAAGAGGGACCAGACCAUCGCUGGGUGGAAUAUGAAGGCAGAAUCCCCUAUCCACGACCGGGCACUUGCCCCAGUCGGACAUAUGAUCCUCAUAUAAAAACGACUAAAGACUUUCCAGAUGAAGUCAUCAGUUUUAUACGAUUGCACCCGCUCAUGUACCGCUCCGUGCACCCAAUGACGGGCCGACCAAUUUUCACUCGUAUCAAUACAGAGUACCGGCUCACUCAGAUUGUAGUGGACCGUGUGGCAGCUGAGGACGGACAGUAUGCUGUUAUGUUCUUGGGCACAGAUAUGGGAUCCGUUUUGAAGGUUGUCAGCAUCACUCAAGAAAACUGGUCCACAGAGGAGAUCAUCUUAGAGGAGCUUCAGGUGUUCAAGAGUCCUUCACCCAUCCUCAACAUGGAAAUCUCCUCAAAGCAGCAGCAGCUGUUUGUUGGAGGAAGCGACGGGUUAGUGCAGGUGUCCCUGCACAGGUGCCAUAUUUAUGGGCAGGGCUGUGCAGAAUGCUGCCUGGCUAGAGACCCCUACUGCGCUUGGGACGGCACCCAGUGCUCCAGAUACAUUCCAGCCUCUAAGAGGAGGGCCAGAAGGCAGGACAUCAAACAUGGAGAUCCAUCCAGCCAUUGUUGGGACACAGAAGAUGUGUUAGGGAGGAAUGUUGAGGAAAAGGUGUUGUACGGAGUGGAGAGUAACUCCUCUUUUCUUGAGUGUGUUUCUAAAUCCCAGCAGGCCUUGAUCCGCUGGUUCGUACUGAAGCCAGGAACGGACCACCGUCAAGAGAUCAAACCAGACGAGCGUGUGCUGAUAACCGAGAGAGGAUUGCUGAUUCGUUGGCUCCAUCUUAGCGAUGCAGGUUCCUACUUCUGCACCUCCCAGGAGCACAGCUUCACCCGUAACCUCCUCCACCUCUCUCUACACGUCCUGGACCGCGGACAGCUCCACGGACAGCUCCAUGGACAGCUCCAUGGACACCAUUCUUCUAUACGGGAAUCAUCAGAAAACCCUACCGUGACCGAACCCCGUCAGCGCUAUAAGGACUAUUUGCGCAUGUUGAGCGGCUCUGCGCGCUCUCUAGACGAGUACUGUGAAACGCUCUGGCACAGAGAGAAGAAGCAAAAACAGAAGGGCAAAUGGAAGCAUGUCCAAGAGUUCCGCAAGAGCAGGAACCGACGCCACCACUAGGGGUGCCAAUGAUGCAUGGAUUCGAGUGUGAGGUUAGGAGGGUCACAGUGCCCUGGGAGCCACUGGAUGUGGAUUAAAUGAACUCAAACAAUCUCAAAACCAAAUACAAAUACAGAAACGAACCAUCUCCUGACCAGUCUGUUUAUGCAAAGCAAAAAGUCCUCCAGAAAACAUCAAUCCUACCAUUAAACAUUAAUCAUGUUUCCGUUUUAACCGAUGCCUCAAAUAUGACCCAGUGAUUCUUUACCAUUUAGAAAUGAACCUUUAGCCAAAAUACCUAUGUGAUUAGUCAUCUUGGUUGAACUUUUUAUGCAAGACACUACAGGUAAAUCCAUUGUGGCGCUGGUCAAUUUUGAUAUUUUGAGCUAUUUCUCUUCCAUAACUUUUCUUCUUUCAGACUAGUAGAAAGAAAACAUCAAAACGCACAUUUAAUUCUCAAAAUAAGUUUUUUUUUUCCCUCAUGCAGUGAGAGAAAAAUCUCCACUUUAGUAGUACUUACUUUAACCAUAUAUAUAUAUAUAUUACAUAUAUAUUAUUUUGGCCGUUUCUGGUGUUUUCUGAUUUAUGGAGUGAUAAGAGAUAUCUGAAAACCCCUAUGUACAUGAACCAUAUAUAUAUAUAUAUAUAUAUAUAUAUAUAUAAUUUCAGAAAACUUGUAAUACAAAACAACUGUCUUAAUGUACUCUGGUUAAUCAACUGGGGACGUACAGUGAUAUAUUUAUUAGUUAAACAUGUUACCCUAUUUACCUGUAGUGUCUUGCCUUAAAAUGUCAAAAUCUAUGGAGCAAUGUAUGCUAUACUAAAAUCAUAUGGCUAUAAACCUAAAAACGAUGCUCAAAACCAGGAUUGUUCAGUCUCAUAUGUCUGGAUUAGGUUUUUUUCAAAACAUGGCACCAGUUCAUUGCGCUUUAAUUUUAACCAAGAAUAAAAAUGCAUUCAUGUUGAAUGUAUGUAAAUAUUUAUAUUAUUUGUACAUGAGAUUGUGCAUGCGUUAGCAUUAUUUACAUAGAAUUCUCUUUUGAGAUUACAGUUUUAACCAAGCAUUUAAAUUUCACUGAGUAAAAUACAUUAUUUUUGUAUUUUUUCAAUUUGUCCUACUGUAGGUAAUUUGUUUAUGGCAUAUGACAUUAUUUAAAAUUAAUAUGGUGUUGAAAUAAACUUUUUUAUUUCUACUUAACUGUGCAAUGGUGAAAAGACAGUGACAUUAUUCUGUAUUCUUCAGGUAAAAACAAAAGGAGAUUUAUACCCAGGCUGUUUUUUCCAUACAUUGCCAGUUUAUGGUGACCACGGUCUUGUCAAGCUCCAAAAAUACAAAAAAGUGCCAUAAAAGAGGUCUAUAAAACCCUGUAAUAUGCACUAUAUUCCAAGCUAUACAAUAUCUGGUAUGAAAAGCAUAUUAAAAGAGUAUGUGGUGAUUA